GUCUCUGGCGUUUAACAACCUCACAGGCGAAUUCCCCUCGUGGCUCGGUCUUUCUUUCCUCAACCUCGUCGAGCUGCACCUGAAUGACAACCACCUGGAGAAACCUCUACCUGAGAGCAUAGGCGGCUUUCAGGCGUUACGAACAAUGAGUCUCGCCUUCAACUCUCUCACCGGCAUCAUCCCAGCAUCCAUCGGAUCAAUGAAGAGCCUGCAGGCGCUGACUCUCUCCAACAACCGACUAGACGGCCCCAUUCCAGAGUCCCUUCAAUACCUGCCCCUCCUCGCUCACCUUCGACUCAAAACACACAAUCUCUCCCUUCCGCUUUUUGAGCAUUGUCCCUCUCUACUCCACGAUGAACAUUGUCCCUCCCUUCCGCUUUCCCGACUGGUUCCCCCGAUCAGGUCCCUACAUUACUGCUCUCUCUCUGGAUCCCUCCCUCCCUCCCUCACCCUCCUCCCCCUCCUCUCCUCCCUCCACCUCUCCCACAACCUCCUCUCGGGCCCACUCCCUCCCCUCCUCUCCUCCCUCUCAGCCCUCACCACCCUCCACCUCUCACACAACCUCUUCUUGGGGGUCAUCCCCGACCCAAUCUGUGACAUGCACAUGGUUGCUGACCUGGAUCUGUCGGCCAAUCAGCUGCAAGGGACCAUUCCUCCCUGUCUGGUGGAAAUGCCCACGCUCCGGAUUCUGUCAGUCGCAUUCAACAACCUGUCAGGGCCUGUUCCUGAAUUACCAGCCGGCAGCGAGCUACAGUUCAUGUACACCCCUGGGCUAGAGUUCAUGCAAACCCGUUUCUGUGUGGGCUAUGUUGUGGAAGCAAGAAUGUCCCAGUGGGUACCUUUGUCGCCCACCUGCCGUUACUGCAAGAAAACGGGUCACACCAUCGAUGAAUGCUUCAAAUUGAAGAAGAAGAAAGAGCUUGAAGAAAGCUCUAAACGGGAGAAAUCCGUCUUCCAACCCUCGGUGCAUGUCUCCACCAGCUCCUCUGCUGAAGCUACUCCGACCCCCACACCCCCUCCUGCCCCAUCAACCCCUCAGUCCGUACCUGAUUCCCGGUACGUGGACAUUGCUGUCAGCACCAGCCACCACCCCAUCUUCUCCACAUGGACUCCUCUCGUCGCUGCUGUCUUCAUUCUCACCAUCCUCCUUCUCCUCCUCCUCUUCCCUUAUGGGGCUCCCUACGCAUCGGCAUUCACGGCCUCCUCAUUCAAUAUGGAGCGGACUUCGUCGUGGCUGGUGGACAGCGGCGCAUCCUCCCAUAUCUGCUCGGAUCGUUCGCUGUUUUCGUCUCUCAAGAAGCCCAACGAAGAGAUCCUUGUUCGUUUUGGUGGAGGAGAGACUUACAAGGUCUUGGGAGUCGGCACGGUGGUGGCUACUCUUCGGUCACCAACAUCGAAAACCACCAUUCAGCUUGACAACGUUCUAUUUCUCCCUUCAUCAGUUCACAACCUGCUCUCUGUUCGUGCGCUUGGUGCUGCCGGCGUUGCCGUCUCGUUCCCCGCUGCUGGGCGCGUUGUUCUCACAUCUGAUGACGUUCCUAUUGGCGAGGGCUACACCCGCAACAAUCUGUUUUAUCUUCAACUGCAUCAUGGGAGCAGUGCUGCUCCUUCUAUCAAGCCAACUGCAUGUCCAGCCUCCACCACCACCUCCUCGUACCUCUGGCAUCGUCGUUUCGGGCAUCUCAACAUGCAGGCCUUGUCAACACUUCAUCGGCAGCAGCUGGUCACCGGUCUUCACCUCUCCUCCACCUCGAUUCCCCCCUGCAUCUCGUGCUAUCGUGGGAAACAAACACGUCAGCCAUUUGGCGUGUCCCAUUCUCGCACCACAGCCCCACUCCAACUCAUUCACUCAGAUAUUGCUGGACCGCUUUCAUAUGGAACUACCAUUGGCGGCGCUCGCUACCUUCUCACCUUCAUCGACGACUACUCCCGCCACAUUACAGUGUAUCUCCUUCGCCACCGGUCGGAGGCACUUUCAUGCUUCAAGGCUUACGUCACUCGGCACGGUGUCAUCCUUUCUCGUGAUGUCAUCUUCAUGGAGCCCUCUGCACCGCCUUCCGACGACUCUCGCGACCCUCCAUCGUCAUCUCCACCCACAUCCUCCUCACUACCUCCUCCUACACACCCUUCUUCCUUGGACCCAAUCUCCCCUCCCUCUCCUUCCCCCACCAUACCUUCCUCCACCAACCCCCACCCACAAUCCCCAAACCUGCCCGCACCAGCCACAUCUUCUCCUCCUCCAUUGUUUUCCAACCUUCCUCUGCCCUCGACGCCGCAAGACUUUCACCUUCCAUCCUUCUCUCCUCCCUCUUCGCCUCCCCCUCCCCAUUGCACGACUCGCUCCUCCCCGCCAUCCCCUUCAGCUCUUCCCGAUCCUUCCCUUUUCUCCUUCCUCAAGGUCUUACCAUCCCCUUCCGAACCCAUUGACUUCACUCUUCCUCCUCUUUCCAACACCUCUGCCAAUGCUGCCCUUCACCAUCAUUACGAACCUCAAACCAUUCAUGAGGCUCGUACCGGCCCUGAUGCUGCCGAAUGGAUCAAGGCUGCUGAUGCGGAACUCGCUGCUCUGCACGCUAAUGACACCUACAGCAUUCAAGAAUGUCCCAGUGGGUACCUUUGCGCGCCUGAGCAGGCAUGGCAUGCACUGCAGGCCUUCAUGCUGCCACCCAGUCACUAUAAACAACCUUCUCCUCCCCCCUCCCACCCCCCAGCUACGACCACAAAUGUUUGGACAGCGCGCCUGAGCAGGCAUGCGUUGCAGGCCUCCAUGCCACCCAGCUAUAAAGGCAAAUAUUCUCCCCCUUCUCUUUCCCUCUCUCCUUCCCCUCUCCCCCCCCCAGCUACAACCACAAUUGUCUCGACGAAGCACCUGAGCAGGCAUGCGCUGCAGGCCUGCAUGCCACCCCUUCAGCAACAACUGAUCACUACACCAGCCAAGCAACCUUCUCCUCUCUCCCUCUUCCCACCUUCCAGCUACGACCACAACUUUUCCUGUGUUCCACUCUUCUACAUCUCUUUGAUCCUCCACUCCUCUUCCCUCCCUUCCACCAUCAGCGUCCAUACCACCACUAGCGUACGUGCUCCUAGUGCUGCUCAUCAUCACAGUGGUCUGUGUUGUCCUCUUUUUCCUCUUAAAUUUGUCUCCUUCUCUUUCUUCCACCCUCCGCCCACCAGCGUCCAUACCACCUCUGGCAUACAUCCUGCUGGCACUGCUAAUCAUCACAGUCCGUCCAUCCCACCACUGGCGUACGUCCUGCUGGCACUGCUAAUCAUCACAGUCGUCUGUGUUGUGCUCUUUGGCCUCUUCGGCACUGUUCAUCACAUCAAAGUUAAAGCCAGCAAGAAGAAGCAGAUGACCCAUCUACCUGAGUUCUCAGUGUCACGCCUCCGCGCCGCAACGAGAGGCUUUUCCACGGAGCACGGUAGAGGGAGCUUCGGGACUGCUUAUAUCGCGUAUGACCUCUUUCCAGAGGCCAGUGCAGGAGCAGAAGGCAGAAGGGGGCAUGGCGGUGCAGCUCAUGGGCAUGGGUACAUGCAGGCGAAUUCCCAUACCAUGCCGCCUGCUAUCCCCAACCCAGAGAGACACGGGUUGUUGAAACGAGCUCGCGACCCUGACAGCUUCUCGGAAUCUGCCUUCUGUCAGAAGGUAGCACUGCUAGCAGCAGCGAGCAACAGCCACCCGUGCAUGGUGCACGUGAGGGGGUUCUGUGCGAAUGGCGGGGAGAGGAUGGUGGUGCUCGAGCUAGUCACAGGAGGCACGCUGCGCCAACGCAUGAUCCGAGGUGACCUGGACGCACUGACGUGGCAGGAGAGAGUGCAAGUAGCAGUGGACGUGGCUGCUGCGUUGUAUCACCUUCACUACAAUCACACGCCGCCCUUUGUGCACCGCGCUGUGACGUCAUCAAAUGUGCUUCUAACAGAAGACAUGACCGCCAAACUGUCGGACCUAGGUUCGGCCCGAGGCAGUUCUGAUGCUUCGGGGUUUCGUCCGUUGCAGUCGUCCCUUGGAGUGGCUACGACUGCAGACGUGCUGGCCUAUGGGGUGCUGCUGCUGGAGCUUAUAACGGGGCAGACUGCAGAUGGCACAACACAGAUCGUCGCUACAUCGGCACCAUUCCUGGACGAUCCACAGAUGAUGCCUCUAAUGGCAGACGCCCAGUUGGGAGGGCAUUUUGACCGCCCGCAACUGGAGGUUCUAGCGUCGCUGGCACGCGCAUGUGUACUGGACGACGCUGCCGCCCGGCCCACGAUGCAUGAGAUACGGCAGGCCUAUGAGCAGCACCUUCAGGUGGAUCCUCAGGUGUUUGAGCCCCUGGACGUGGAUCCUCAGGUGCUAGAGCCCCUGGACCCGAAUCUGGGGGAUGUGCCACUGGGGCAGGUUGGGACCAUGGAGGGGCCAAGGGAAAGCAAAGACAAGGGGCAAGAGGGAAAGGAGGUGGGAGAGGAGUGGGCGGAGAGGCAGGAGGGGGUGUAG